CGGUCCUACCGCACCACAGUCCAAUGGCACGCAUCUUGCUCACGCUCUUGUCGGCCACGUCGGUGGCCGCGACCGCCAAUUUGCGCCAGCAGCAGUUCAAGGUCUGCAAGGGCGACACCGAUUGCAACGACGGCUUUUACUGCAAGCCGACCGACGACGGAACGUUUGCCAUGUGCCAACCCGGUACCCGGUCGCCAGCACGCAACUUUGUGUGCGCCGACCACGCCGACUACUGGGGCGACGACCUCUCCAACCUCCGCACCGGCUACGACGGCUGCCUCUACAAUUGCCGCACCAACGCUAACUGCAAUGCACUUGCGUGGCUUCAAGACGAUGCCGGCGCCAGCGGCACGUGCUACCUCAAGCACCUCCAAGACACGUCGCGCGCUCCGACGCCCGACUCUCGCAACCUCAAGGCCUGCAAGGACACACCGCCCGUGACAACGUCCAAGUGGGUCUCGGACUCGGGCUACCAGCUCAAGGGCGCCGAAAUUUCGACCUCCAAGACCGUCCCGACGCUCGCAGCGUGCCAGGCGUCGUGUGCGAGCACGCCAGGUUGCGCCGGUGUGUCGCACUCGACGUACUUCACCUCGUGCACGCUGCACAAGGCGGCCGACAACUACUACCCGGUGUGGAGCAAGGCCGUGAACCUCGGGGCUGUCGCUUCGAUCCCGCACAACUACAAGGCGUGCUACGACCAGUACGACGUGCCGCACCAAGGCGACGUCAACAACUUCCAGGGGUCGUUCCAGGACUGCGCCAAGUGCCUGGCGAAUGGCAACGCCGAUGCGUUUGCGUGGUACCUUGGCCCGACCGACUACUAUGCGCAGCCGACCAACGCGAAAGGUACGUGCUACUGCAAGAAGCUCGGCGGCGACGUGCCCCCGCCCCCACCGGCGCCCCGUCUCAUUGGCGGCACCAUUCUCUGCAUCACCUAGUCGACUCGUGGCGGGCAUUAACUUUAAUGCCUAUGCGAUGCAAACGUAUAUAUCGUUUCCUCAAAUGUGGUGUUUGGAUUCGUUCA